UUGCCGUUGCCGAACUUAUGGGACACACUGUAUAUGUAUUUAUUUAUUAGUAUUUUCAUUAAAGGUUUGCAGGUAACAAAUGUACUAUCAGAGAUGUAGCAAGCAGAUUUGGUAUGGCGGAGUCUACAUUUCAUGCUGUUUCUGAUAAUAUUAUGGAUUUUUUAAAUAGCAUAGCAGGAUCUAUAAUAAAAUUUCCUGAAACCAUUGAAGAAAAGACAGAAAUUUCCAGACAAUUUGAAAAUAUCAAUGGUUUUCCUGGAAUUAUUGGAUGUAUUGAUGGUACUUACAUUACAAUACGUACACCUGCUCACAAAAUCAAGUCAACAUAUGUAAACCGACAUGAUAUGCCUUCUUUAACGCUUCAAGCAAUAUGUGAUGCAAAGAAGAGAUUUCUUGAUGUUUUCACAGGGACAUCUUCGAAAAUUCACGAUGCACGUGUAUUCAAUUUAUCUUUCAUAAAAACUAUGUUGCCGAAUAUAUGUGGGAAUGAAUGGCAUAUAUUAGGCGAUGCUGCCUAUCCUCUAACAAAAUACCUUAUUACUCCUUAUAGAGACUAUGGAAAUUUAACGGAAGAGCAACGAAAUUUCAAUUAUAAAUUUUCUGUUUGUCGAGUAAAAAUAGAAAAUGCUUUUGGUUUAUUAAAAGCACGAUUCAGACAACUGAUUAGAUUAGACUUUCACACAGUUCAACGUAGCUGUAAAUUUAUUAUAGCUUGUUGUACAUUACAUAAUUUGUGUAUUUCUUAUGACGAUAAUGUAGACGAUUUUUUUGAGGAAGUUGAUGAACACUUUCAGAACAAUGACAAUUAUUUCGAAGAAGAUUACAGAAACGAAGAUAGAGCUGCCGGUGAGGAAAAACGAAAUUUUUUGUGCCACAUAUUAAAUUAAUGUAAUACUAACGUAAAUAAUAUAGUAUGUAA